CUGGAGGUAGACAGUAUACAUAGAUUUGAUAACCAGCUUAAAAUAAACAUUUGAGACACAUACAGGCAGACAGUUGACUUUUCUGUUAACUUUAACAGACUUUGUGACUAUGGCUAACAUACCUGGAGGAUGGAGUGAGACCAAGGAUGCCACUCCGCAAAUUCAGAAGAUCUGUGAUGAGGUGAGGAUCCUAGUGCAGGAAUUCACAGGCAAGACCUAUGAGGUCUACAGAGCAGUUAAAUACAGGAAUCAGAUUGUGGCUGGAGAAAACUUCCUCAUCAAGGUUUUUGUUGGAGAGGAGGGCUUCCUUCAUCUGUGUGUCUUCCAGGAACUUCCGUGUAAAGGAGGAGAGAGUGUGCUGUGUGGUGUAGAGCAGCACAGACAGAAAGAUGACCCCCUUGUACUUUUUGUGAGCAACUGA